UCGUACCCUGCGCCGGUUUGAGGCGCCUAACGAAAAACGACGACGCAGCUUCCUUCCUCCAUUGCAGGCUGACGAGAGAGAGAGAGAGAGAGAGAGAGAGAGAGAGAGAGAUAGAGAGAGAGAGAGAGGGAGAGAGCCAUGGGCAAGCUGGGGAAGAAGGCAAGGAAGUUCUCGAAGAAGAAUCUCCAGUCCGUUCUCAGAAAAAAUCGCAAGUUGAAUUCCAAGUUCAACAAAAGGAGAACUUCCAAGAAAGGUGGGAAAGAAGAUGGCGGUAAAGAACAGAAAAAGGACGCAGUAGAGUUGUCUAAUGCAAGAAAUACUGAAGGAGAAUACAUAGAAGACACUCCUCUUGAUGCAAUAUUUAGUGAAGAUGAGAAUGAUGUGUUUGGAGAUGAUUCAGACAGUGAUGGGUAUCUUUCAGAGGAAUCAAGUGAUCUGCAUCUAUCUCAUGGUGAAACUGAGAAUUCACAAGAAGGAAAUUUUGGCAGUAGUGGUAGUGAUUUAUCUGUGCAGAACAGGGAAAUUCAACUUGAACUUGUGAAGAAAACGAAAAAAUUAGACAAAUUGAAGGAAAAGGACCCAGAUUUUUCUAACUUUCUUGAUGGCUAUCAUAAGCGAUCUGAACAGUUCAGAAACACAAAGUAUGCCGAUGAGGAUGAGAUGAGCGAGGAUGAUAUGCAGCCAGAGAAUGUGGAUGGUGUUAACACUCACGGUAGCAAGUUGUUGACCAGCUCUGCCAUUGAUUCUUUGUGUCAACUAGUCAAAGAGCACCAAAGUGUGCCUGCGCUUACCAGUCUAUUAAAUGGGUACCGUGCUGCAUGCCACUAUGGAGCUGAAUCAACCAGGGUCUUUGAUGCUGAUUCUUGUUGUGGAAUUCAGAACAGUGAAACCUUUUGCAAGAUAUUAAUGUUCAUGCUUAAUGAGGCUGAUAAUAUAUUUAGGGGGCUAAUGGGCAUAUCAAGCUCCUCCAAGAAAGAGAAGAGUUUGGACUUAAGCAAGAAUUCAAAAUGGAAUACUCUUAAGCCAUUGAUAAAAUCAUAUUUGAGGAGUACCCUUUUACUGCUGAAUGAGGUUAAUGAAUCUGAGAUAUUGGCCUUCUCCUUAGCACGGAUCAGAGCUUCAGUUACAUUUUUUGUUGCUUUCCCUUCUUUGCUCCGCAGACUUAUCAAGAUUGCUGUUCAUCUGUGGGCAACAGGGAAAGGAACUAUAUCAUCUCUAUCCUUUUUCAUCAUACGCGAUGUGGCUUCUGUUUUUCGCUCUGAUUGCUUUGACACCUGCUUUAUUAACACAUAUAAAUCAUUUAUUGGUCAUUGCCAAUUUAUGGAGCCUGUUCUAUUUCAACACGUACAGUUUCUAAGAAACUCCUUUGUUGAGCUAUGCUCUGUGGAUCUGCAGAAAGCAUCUAGUAAAGCAAUGGUGUCCAUAAAGCAACUUUCUAAAAUACUGAAGCAGGGUCUGCUGACAAAGAAGAAGGAAGCUGUCAAGAAGAUAUGCAGUUGGCAAUACACAAAUUGCAUUGAUCUAUGGGUUAUGUUUAUAUCAGCUAACAUACCUGAUUAUGAUCUUCAGCCGUUGCUCUUUAUGAUCAUUCAGAUUAUAAACGGAGUGGCUGUCUUGUUUUCUGGACCUAGAUAUUUGCCUUUAAGAGUCAAAUGCAUUCAAUGGUUGAAUCAGCUCUCAUCUUCCUCAGGAAUUUUUAUUCCUAUUGCCUCUUUAGUGGUGGAUAUUUUGGAAUAUAAAAUUGGCAAGGAUGUUGGUAAACCUGGAAAAGACACCAAUAUGAUGUGUUCUGUAAAGUUUCCAAAGAAUUGGUUAAAAUCAAGGAACUUUCAAGAACAGUGUGUUGUAUCUGUUCUCGAGCUGCUUUCAGCACAUUUUUCUCAGUGGAGCUAUCAUAUUUCUUUUCCUGAUCUGGCGACUAUUCCCCUCGUUCGCUUGAGGAAGUUCCAUGAGAUAACUACUAUAGAGAGUUUCAAGCGUAUAGUGAAGCGCUUUAUUGAUCAGGUGGAGCAAAACAUUGAAUUUGUGCGGAAGAAGAGAGAUGAGGUGCCUUUUUCACCAAAAGAUCAACAAUCUGUAGAAUCAUUUCUCCAGCUAGAAAAGCACAGUGGCAAUACUCCGUUUGCACAAUAUUAUAAAAGCAUCAUCGACAAGGCUACUUCCAGAGAUUUGGCUCUAUUUGAAAAGUUCUCCGAAGCGGAGAAAAUCAACAAGAAAACACAAAAGAAAACAAAGCGGCCUCAAAAUGACAAGGUCACUGAAGGUGCCAAUGGUAAACACUCGGAGAAAAGAAAAGCCAACGCGUCUACUAAUGGCGGCAGCCAAGGAAAGAAAAGAAGGCAGCCUCAAAAUGACAAGGCAGGUGCCAAUGGUAAACAUUCGGCGAAAAGAAAAGCCAAUGCGUCUAUAAAUGGUGGCAGACAAGGAAAGAUGAGGAGAGAAGAAAAGUCUGAAUCGUAAAUCGUUCUGAAAUGACGAAUUCGUGAACCCUCAUCAGAUUCGCCGAGCAAAUUUUGAUCCUUUUGGUAAUCAUUUCCAGUUUUGAUGUACUCAUUUAAGCUUCUAGAUAUCUUAUUGCAGAACAGACAUAUUAGGUCAGUGUUCCCUAUAUCAACAAAGACAUGUAGGCUGUUGCUUUGCCUGUAAUGUUAUAAGGAAAGUUUUGUUCAACAUGCAUGCAGAGGUGAACUCCCAUUACUGAUGAGAAAACAUUUCUUGUUA